GACCGGGAAACAGUUGAUCCAUGCGGGCUAAAUUUAUCCUGUGUUGACGGGUCAGGUCAGCUGGAAGUAGGCGCGUUUGAGAAGCUGAGGUUAUCAGGGAGUCGAGUUUAUCACCUGUAAUUUACCUCUGCGGUCGCUUGUUGUGUCAGAGUACAGUGUCCGGGCGGUGACAUGGCUGAGCCCGCAGGAAAGAGGUUAAAGAGCAGCCUGCCGCUGUGCAGAGCGCACCGGAGCUCCGCGGGCAGCCGGGCCAGACACAACCUGCCGGCCGCCGUGGAGGAGGCUCUGUGCGGGGCGAGCAGCCUGCUGUGGGACGGAGCGUACCGGCUGCAGGCUCUGGCCAGUGUGUUUGAGCGAGACGAUGUCGCUCUGCCCCGCGUCGCUUCUUUCUUCCACCAGGAGGCGCUGAAGCAGGUAGAGGAGGCCGAGGCCAUGCUGGGCUACCUGGCUGAGAGGGGGGGCAACUUCUGUGGCAAGGACAUCCAGAAGCCGGGCUGUGAGGGAGUCUGCGCAGUGUUACCGGCUCUGGAGCUGCUGCUGCUCCAGCUGAAGGAGGAAGUUGGCGCCCUGGUUGAGCUGAGCCAGCUGGCCCGCAACCAAGGAGACCCGCACACCGCCAGCGUUGUGAAGAGCCACUUCCUGACGCCACGGGUGGACCGCCUCAAACUGCUGGGAGACCUGCUCACCAGCGCCCGCCGGGUGGGCUGCACCAACGACCAGACGGGGGGGUUCGGAGAGUACAUCCUGAACGAGCUGCAGGAGGAGCUGACCAGAUAAUCAAUGUGUCAAUCAGUCAAAAAGACGUCUUAAUUGAUAUAAAAGAUUGGAAACGAGAGAACAAAAAGUUAAAUUUCCUCUGUGAAAGAUAAAAAAUCAGAUUUUCUCCAACGGACCAGGGUGACAUUUUGGGAAAUUUGCUUGUUAGCCAUCUUCCCCAGAGUUAAGAUAGAUAUUAGUGUCAUCUCUCUGCCUCCUGUACAGAGAUAUGUCCAGGCUGUGUUUAGCCUAGCUUAGCACAAAGACUGGAAGCAGAGGUAAACUGCUAGCCAAGCUCUAAAAGACAAAAAAACAACAACCUUCCAGCAACUCCAAAGCUGUCUGAUUUACAUUCUGAACUGUUGAAAGUUAUGUUUUCUUUUAGAUUAUUUUUCUGGGCAUUUUGCCUUUAUUGGACAGUGACAGCUGUAGAUAGAGACAGGUAAGGCAGGUGAGAGAGAGGGGAUGACAAGCAGCAAAGGGCCGCAGGUUGGAAUCGAAAUACCUUACCAUUAAAUAUAUAUAUAUAUAUAUAAACACUGUCAAAACUGUUAACUGAAAAGUUAGAACCUGUUCACACCAUGCAAUGUGUUUCCUUUCUUUUAUACUUACUAUAUAAGUGAAUAGUCCAUGCGACUGGAGAAGCACGUUUUUGAAAUUAAGGCGAUUGAGGCUGUCCAGGCUGUGUUCAGCUUAGCACGAAGAGGGAGGAACCUGCUAGCUAUCAUAACUAAAAAAAAUGCACCUUCAAACAACUCCAGAGCUGUCGGAUUUACAUUUCUCCAUUAAGUUUUCCAUUAAAUACUCUAAUCUCAUGAUCCUCCUUGACUUAGCGUAGCUUUCAAAACACGGUCAAGCUAACUAGCGAGUUGCCGCCUGUUCACUAUUGUUGUCUGUUUGUUGCGUGUGUGUUUGCUCUCUUUUGUAAUUAGUGAAUAAUGGAAGGGUUAGUGUGAUUGGAGAAACUUUUUUUUUUGAUAAACAGGAAGUAAAUGAAACAAAUUUAGAAGGGAGAUAAACGUUGUCCAGCCUAGCUUAGCACAAAGACUGAAAGCAGGGGGAAACUGCUAGCCUAGCUCCAUCAAAAGAAAAAGAAAUCCACCUUCCAACGCCUGCAAAGCUGUCUGAUUUACAUGUUGUAUCUUGUUAGCUAACAAGCUAGUCACCAGUCCACCCUGUAGCCAGCUGAUAGAGUUAGCACAGAGUUUAAAUCUGGCAACCUGACAGGACAAACGGCUCCAACUGCUGUUAAUGUUAAUUAAAAUGCUAUUUUUUAAGACCUUCCUUUGAAGAAUUUAAACACGUUUUUCUUUAACAUUUUUUCCAGUAGCCAACAAAUCAAUCGAUGCAUUCAAUGCCAGCUUUCGGGAGCCUACCUGAUCGUUUUUGAUUCUCUGAUCUGACGGAAGUGUUUUUGUUCAGUAACCAGCCCCGUAUACAACAGCAAGGAAAUGUAGUGACUAAAUACUUUUUAAAAAACUAUGAAUGUUUCCUAAAUGUAAAUGAAGCAGUUGUAAACGUAUAUAUACACUUUAUGCAAGUAUAUAUUUAUUACGGCUACUCUGCACCUUCUGUUUGUGAACACAUAAACACAUAAAUGUCAUUUUAUUUCUUAUUAUUUAUUCACCAUGUAUUUCAGUAUUUAAAUCAUAUAUUCUUGUUUUGUGACUUUUAUUGGCCGGACAGAGCUCCACUGUGAAGGAGAAGCCACGAGCUGUUUGACAGCUGUAUGAAAUAGUUUGUAGUUUGUUUGUUAUGUUGCUGAGGUUUGUUUGUUUUUUUUUUUGUUUUUUUGUGACUAUUAAAAACACAAGUCUGGGUUUGUUGUGCACUAUGUAAUAAAGUUAAAGUUAGAAGAA